UACGCCCUCCCCAUUCCCACACACUCACACUAAACCGGUUCAGUGUCUGUGUGAGGGCCAUGUAAACGAUCCCGUCGGGAUUCGGAGUUCGUUUCACUGGAUUAGGAACCAAGGUGUGCAUCGGAUUUGCUUUGCGGCUCCGCCCGGUGGUGCGGCGCGGACUGACUGCACGUAUCUGAGAGUUGUAUUGGAUUGCCCGACAGCGGCGGGAGAGGACUGGUCUUACCCCCACACACAGGACAAAGGAAACGAGGGGAAAUUAAGGGAAAAGAUACGUGUGAAAGAAGAGAGGGAUGAAAAUGGAUAACGAGAUCCUCACACUCCUCUUUGGGCUUUUGAUGCUUGGUGGGUGCUCGGCCCGAGUGGUGACGGUGUCUCCUGGUCCUUUAAUCCGGGUGGAGGGUCAGCCCGUCUCCAUCAAAUGUGAUGUCAGUGACUACUCUGGACCUCGUGAGCAGGAUUUUGAGUGGAUGACGUCCAGGGAUGCGAGCGGGGAUAGAAUAAAGAUGAUCUCCACCUUCGACUCCAGCUACUCCGACUCGUCGUUCAGCAAGCGUGUUGCGUCUGGCGACAUCUCGGUGGUGAGGCUCGAAGACAACGAGGUGGAGCUGAAGAUAGCGGAGGUGAAGUCGCUGGACGCCGGGCACUACUGGUGUCAAACGCCGAGUACCGACUCCAUCAUCAGUGGCAACUACGAGGCUCAGGUCCAACUCAUUGUCAUUCCCAACACCCUCAGCGUCUCCCCGCAGACCCCGCCCCAAGAAGUCCCAGAGGGAAGUGACAUCACACUUUCCUGCAACGUCACCCGGGCGCUCACCUUCCCCACCUACCUGUCCAUCACCUGGUCGCUGAAGAGCGGAGCAACAUCGGAGGAAAUUUUGACAUUUGGUCCUCAGGGAGAUGUGGUUACAGGGGCGAAGUUUGCCCGGCGCUACGCCGACGGAGGCAUCCGAUUGGUCCCCGGGAAGAAUGGAGUGUAUGAACUGGUGAUAUCCCGCGUGUCAACGUCUGAUGGCGGGACUUAUGAAUGCAACGGAACAGAGUGGACACAUGAAACUGGGGGGAAAUGGAUAAAAAUCGUAGAGAACACAAAAGAGAUGGGAACCGUUAAAGUUAUUCCUACAGGUCAGUCCCUCAGCGUGAAGGCUUCAUCCUCCUCCUCUCCCACCUCCACGUCUCUGCUCCUCUCCCCCGGCGACACGCUGACCCUCCAGUGCUCCGUCGCUGCCGACAACCUGCAGGCCGUCGCCCUGGAAGUGACCUGGCUGGCAGACGACCGCGACAUCAUCACCAUGGACCGCAGCGGGGUGGUGAUCUCAAACACGUCCUCGAAUGGCGCGCAAGGAAAGCGAGGGGAGGCGAGCCUGGAGAGAACGGGGGCAGGGGAGUACAGGCUGGUGGUGUGGGGCGUGAGCGGGAAGGACGGAGGGGAGUACACCUGCCGUGUCCGAGCCUUCAUCGACAAAGGAGGAAAGAGCGCGGGCGGAGGAGGGAGGUGGCACAUGGCGGCGGAGAAGAAGUCCAGCCCUGUGACAGUUAAAGUGGCACAGAUCAAGCCGAGCUAUACACUGACCCUGGAGCCCGUCCUGAACCCACAGAUGACAGCCGAACCCACGGAGCUCGCUUGCCACGUCACCAACAUUACCCAUUUACCCCCGGGAGGCCGACUGGGUGUCACCUGGGAGCACACCACACUUCCUGGUAUAGGGGAUGAUCCUCAGACCUCGCACCUCAUUGGCUCCCUGGACGCCAGUGGCAACCUGUUGCCGGGGACGAUGUACUCUGACCGGCUGAAGAGCGGUGUGAUGUCUCUGACCAGAGUCCAGCCCAACACGUUCAAACUGCGAAUCCUCCGCACACAGGAGAUCGACAUGGGCCAGUAUGUUUGCACCGUGUCUGCGUGGAGCGUUAGCAGCCAGGGUGACAUGGUGAAGACCGCCGAGUAUGAAAGCUCACCGAUGACCGUGCGAUGGGAUAUGAAACGUCCGUCUCUUAACGUCGUGGCCAAGCGUAUCCGUGACGCCUCAGCGGGCGGGGCUACCUUUGAGAUGAGCUGCACCGUGUCCACUGAGAACCUUGGGGAGGCGGGCUACUCUGUGCUCAUCCAAUCACAGGAGAGCCUGGGGAGUAACGUGAGGACCAUCAUGACCCUCAGCCCUGACAACGUCCUGCAGCACGGAGGCGCCACAGACCCCAACAGGAGAGACAGCCUGGUUCUGACAAAGUCCGGUCCGGCAGAGUUUCGGUUUCGCCUGGCGGGCGUCCAGUUGUCCGACAGAGGUUUCUACUGGUGCGACAUCACUGCUUGGACAAAACAGCAGCCAGGACAGACCUGGACCAGAGCCACAAGCGGCGAGUCUAACAAAGUCAGGAUCGACUUUCAAGAAAACGGUCCAUCCUUCUCCAUCGCCAUCAAAUCAGACGACACCAGUGUUUAUCCAUCGAAAACUGCCAAGAUGGAGUGUUCACUCAGCGUCUCUGGAUCCUCACCAAAGACUGACGACCUGGCGUACGAGGUGCGCUGGUUUUUCACCCGGCUGCGUGGAGGACAGACGACGACUGAAGUGGCCAGCGUCGACCGCUUUGGCAUUGUGAAGGCGGAGACCCGUAACUCAUCCAGUGAAACUUCGAUAGAGCGCGUAGACACACACACCUACCUGCUGAACAUUUUUGGCACUCAGGACAGUGACAGUGGGGAGUAUUACUGUGUGGCCACUCCCUGGUACCUGUCGGCCUCGACGGGAGCCUGGACUCAAGCUGGAGAGCUGACGUCGUCCAGAGUCUUCCUCACGGUCCAGUUCGCUGUGUGGGACUCACUACAGUUACCUCUCCUAUACGGUGCAUCGGCCUCAAUAGGUGUGGGCCUCUUUUCUCUGGUCCUGGGCCUGGUUUGCGCCCAGUGCUGCUGCCGCAACACCACGCACACUCCACGCUCACGCAACAAACUGAUGGACCUGGAGAUGGACUGACAAACACUUUCCCCCGCACCCACACACUGCAGCGCUCACAGGAAACACCACACACACAACAGACACACGCCCAUAGACGAUUUCUGGGACACCCAGCUGUUUCCAGGCGACGGACGUUGGGAGUAAAACGACGUGCCGCCUUGGAAACAGAAGCCUGACCGAGGUGCUCAGGAUCUUUCAGCUUUGCAGUGGAGGAGCAGGGGACUUUUUUUUUUCUUACCAAUGGGGAAAUAGCCUUUGAGACUUCUCUUUCUCUGAAGAUCCAAUGAAAUCUGUGGCGCUUCCAGUGAUUUUUACACAGAUAUAUUCGCUCCCUGUUAAGACGAUAGAACUACAGGAAACUCAGAAUCCAGAGUUUGAUUUUUGAGGAACAGGAGACGUCUGAGACAUCACUGCCACUUGGGAAUAAAGGACCACUAAACACAUCUGCUGCCUCUGUAACCACUAGGGAUAACAAAUGAAGCACUCAGGCUGGACUACAUGCUUUUUUUUUUUCCCUCCUUGAUUUCUUCUGAUGCCAUGGCUUCCUGCAAAGUGCAACCACUCCGUGUUCCUGAUGGUAAUCGAGUGUCUCAGAGUAACGGCACACCAGCGUAACCUGUUACGGAAGUGGCUUUUCGUUUUUCGUGUUUGAUUGAACAGUGUACCUGCAUGGGGUUGACGUAUUCCUGUUAAGUCACAUGGCUGAAGCUGUUUUGUAUUUGCAGAGGCUGAUGGUUUAGGCAGCCUGAGCCUUAUUUCUGUCACGGUGUGAGCGUCAUGGUCAUUUGGGCAGCAGAGGUCCCAGAAAACGAGAGGUAUUGCACUAGAACUACCACCCCAGAGUAUUCCUAACUUAACGAAAGGACAAUAUAUACCUUUAUUCUCAACUCUAGUUUUUUGAAAAUUAAGAGAUUUUAAAACGAGAGACAUUUUUAAGCUUUACAAGGAGAUAUGCAGUUAGUGUGUUUGUUUGUGAGAUAUACUGUACGUGGUGCCAAUCUUUGAACUAACGGACGCGUGCUUGGUUCAUUUUGCCAGAUCAACACUUGAACAGCCACUAAAAGUGGUAACAGCAAGCACUCUUCUUUUAUAGACAUUCGGAAAUGUAUCCAGCUGUUAUCUUUGCCUGAGUCUUGUGUGUGUUUCGUACACCGUGUGAGCGCUGUGCUACAGUGUGAGUCGAAGAGUUGCAUGUACCGUUUUAUAAUGACAGACUGAUGUCAUUCACAAGCAACAUCACGAGCCUUUUCCAGGGUUUCAUUCUGACGACAUCAAAGUCUCCUACAUCCAGAUUUUUAAACCAAGCUGUCACCCCGCUCAUCUAAACUCUCAUGUGUUCACAUGGUGAACAACAUGACUCUGUUUUAACAGAGUGUGGGUGGAGCAGGAAACUCGGUUGCUCCCAGUGUUUGUAGCUGAAAAGUUUUGAACAGGAGAAUCGUGCAUGUUUCUUAGCUUCAGUUUUGCUUUUUAUUGGAAUAGUUCAGCAUUUUUAGAAAGAUGCUUGUUUGCUUUUUUUUUUUUCUGAAGACUCAGGCGACUGGAGUCUGGAGUCACUCGGGUGCUUGGCUCAGCAUGAAGACUGGAAACAGGAGGAAAUGGUUAAUCUAGUUUUCUCCAAAGUGGAAAACAACAGAUAAACACAAGUAUCUUGUUUGCUUAAUUAAUUCUCAAUAGAAACAUAAGAGUGACCGUUUGCUGUUGUUUUGGUGAGUCACAGAACUAUUCCUUGUCUGGGCUGAUGGAUGAUGGAGCUGUUGUUUUUCAGGAAAUAGUUGUAGCACAAAACUCUGCCUCAAACCACAACUUGUCAUUUUUACAGUUGUGUUCAUUUACAGCUUAAACAAAUGAGACAGUGUUAACUGAGAUUUGGAGGUGGGGCUGUAGAGAUGCCUCUCUGAGUCAGUGCUCUUAUAGUAACCCCUCCCCAUUUAUUAUUUCCAUUCAUUUUACAUAACCAAGACAGGUGAGACUUCUGUGGUUUCCAGUCUUUGUGCUAAGCUAAUCUCAACCUAGUUCUUGCAAACAGGCAUGUUUUUCAAAGCGCCUGACUGUUCUUUUAAUAUUGUUAGCUAGAAAAGGAAGACUUUCAGUAAAGUGGUUUCCAGUCCAUCCAUGGUUACACCCCUUUUUCAGAUCAUUUAAAAUGUUUUAUCUCUAUUCUUUUAUUUUGUAGAAACAUUAAGAAAAGUCAGCUGUGCCCAGCUCCCGUCAGCUGACAUCUACUGACUCCCUCUGGUGUUUUUAUAGCAAAUGAAUGAACUUGUGGUGACUGGUGUGUCGUGUUGACUGCUGUGUGAACACACACUCGCAGUUCCAGCAACAACAACACACAAAGUGAGGAAGUUUUGGUCCAAACUCAGCAGGAUCCGAGCAGACCUGUUAGGUUUGUGCCAGACUGGACUGAAUCAGGCUGCGGUUGAUGUAUUUAACUAGUUUUACAAGGUAUUUUGAGCAACUACCAGAACUUUAUGAGCAAUAUCAGGCUACAGAGUCCAACUUUUCUCUUCUUUUCAAACCACAAUUUGGUCUGAAUUAGCUGCAGGUCUCAUCAGCAAAACACAAACGCAGAAAUCGAAUGUUCCCAGAGCAAUGUUCACCUCCGUGUCAGAGCGUUCUCCUCGAACCAUGUUGUGAAAUUUGGGCAAUAUUGACAACAAUGUGUGUGUUUUGGCUCGAUUGAUGGUGACAGUCACUUCAGAAAUGUCCACUUGGUCUCCAUAACCCCGCUCCACAUGUGUGUCUGCCUCUCUGUGGUUGUGCUGCUUCAGUAUUCAGAAUAGGUUUUACCACUAUCACAAACACACUCCAUCUCACACACACACACACACACACACACACACACACACACACACACACACACACACACACACACACACACACAUACACGCAACAAAGCAUCGACACACUCCAUUGAACACGUCACUGCAAGGCUUCCCGUGUCUUUUUAUUUUAUCAUUUUAUUGCAAUGAGUAUGAUGAAUCAUGAUGAUGUUUUUUUUAAUAAAUAGAUUUGUAAGAUGUA